AGGUCAUUUUAGAUUCAAUAUAAUAUUAUGACAUUAUCUGUUUCAGUUCUGAUAAUUACUCAAUUUUACACAGUAUCUAAAAACAGUUCCAUGAUGAGUUUCAGGGAUUGGAUCAAGUACGCGUUACCGUCCAUUUUCGUGUUUUUGGCACUGGUCAUGCUCUGGCGCAGGUAUACAUGGAAUAAAAGGCAACUCGGAGCAUUCAAAAUUGUAGCUCCCCCUAGUAAGAAUGCUGUGGAGCAGCUGUUAACAUUACAAGAAGCUAUAACUCAAGCUGAAUCUCUCAUCCAAAGUGGCAACAUUAUUCUUCUGAAAACACGAGCACUUCUGUAUGCUGUUGCACCACAGGCGACAGUGAAGCUGAGUAUUGUGUUGGUUUUAACGGGAACAGUAAUUGCUGUUUUGCCCCUGAAGUAUCUAAUGUUAUUAGUGUUUGUGGAGAGUUUUACAAUGAACAUGCCCUUGAGAAAAGAAAGCAGUGAAAGAGGGCUGAGACGAAUAAGAGAAUGGUGGGUCAGAAUACCGGCAGCUCCUGUUGAGCUUGUAAAGCCUGAUGACAAGAAACGGAAAUGACUCCAAAACAUAGGAAAAAAAAGGAGAGAAUAUUGUACUCGCAAAUCAGCACGCAUCUCAAACACCGUCUUGGAUUUGUUUUUAUGUAAAUAUCACAUUUCUUGGCUCUCUUUAUAUUCCUCUUUUUAUGACUGGAAAUUGAUCAUACAUACAACGGCACUAUAUCGUUACUUUUGUGGGGGGAUUUCAUAUGUACACACGUGCCGAUGAAAGAAGCCUCUUUGAGUGGUUUUAUUAUAAGUUUGCUCUUGCUUAUUCAUAUUACUUCGGCAGGU